GACUCUGAAUCUCUGGACAGUUGUAUCCAGAGUACCCUGUCAGCCCUCUACCCUCCGUUGGAGGCCACAGCUGCCACGGUGCUGUGUCAGGUAUUUGAUGUGGUGGAGACCACCUACAGAGGAGAUGGACUACGAUACCUUAUAGACUUCCUGGUCCCUGCCAAACACAUCCUGCAGACCAUCCAGCAACAUGCCUGUUCCCCGUACUCUGGUCUGUUAUUCCGUCACCAGGGCUGGCCUCUGUGUAUCCAUGACAAGGUGAUCAUCCAGCUCUCUCCUCUGGACCCACGCAUCCUCUGCCCCGGGGACUUCUACCUACAGGUGGCAUCCCCCUCACCCUCCGUCUCCCCCAGCUCCAUCCCCUCCUCCACCAAGACCCCCAGCCCACCCUGUAUCAUCCUGUGUUGUCUGGCCCCCAGUGGGCAGCAUGUAGAGGGGCUAGCGGUACCAGAGCUAGCCUACACCUCUCUGUUCACCAUGGCCUGGCUCCACUCAGUCAACAGGGAGCGGAGCGGAGCAGGGACAGGGACAAGGUCUGGGACAGGGUCGGGGAGGACACUGUCCCACUGCCUCCUGUCUGCCGACGACGACAUCUUCAGAGUACCCUGGGAGGAUGUGGUACAUCCUCAGUUCAUUAACAGACCCAAAGCCGUAGAGUCUGCCCCUAUUAGGGUCCCUACCAAGGGAGAAGGGGACGGGGGGAGGGAACAGGAGGCCAUCAAGCCUUCGGAUAGGGCCAGAUGCAUUUCGAUUGACACAUCCAAGGCCCAAUGUGGAGAGAGUAAGGAGGUGAGGCUCCACCCACAGUUGAGACAGCCUAUCGAGACCAGUAACAAUAGGAAAGGUUUUGACAUCACAACAGGAGAGGACUCGGACACAGAGGGAGAGUAUGUUGAACUAGAAGAGAUCUCUCUACCACGCUUCUCUCCUCAGAAAGGAUCCUUAACACAGUCUAUCAGCUUCAACUACAGGAAGCUAAACAAACCCCAGACUACAACCCAACACCCCCCCCAAUACACACCCCUUAAAGUUAUACACCCAACGCAACACCCCCCCAAAGCAAUCCCCGCACAGCCCUUUCAGGCUCCAGUGAACAGCAGCACUUGCUCCCAGUCCAUGGUGUGUUCCAGACUCAUCGAGGAGAACCUGAACAACGACGCGUUUUUCCCUGUCAUCCUCACCCCAACGGCCCCCCACCUCCCCAACGGCCCCCACCUCCCCAACGGCCCCCACCUCCCCAACGGCCCCCACCUUCCCCACGGCCCCCACCUCCCCAACGGCCCCCACCUUCCCCACCUCCCCAACGGCCCCCACCUCCCCCACUGCCAGAGAUGUGGUCAGCACGCAGCCCUGUCGGUGGUUUCUGACCCCCAGACUGACAGCCAGGAUGUUUUAACCCAGCCGCUCACUAUGGUGGAGAGGGAAGGCAGCCCUUUUCAGAGUGAGGAGACAGACGGAGUCCCAGAAGUGAAAGGAGAGGUGGAGGAGAGGCAGCUCCACAGACCCCUCACACACAGAGGACCAGACACUGAACACACUACAGACCCCCACUCCCCAAGGACAGGACCAGACACUGAACACACUACAGACCCCCACUCCCCAAGGAGGGGACCAGACACUGAACACACUACAGACACCCACUCCCCAAGGAGGGGACCAGACACUGAACACACUACAGACACACACUCCCCAAGGAAGGACCAGACACUGAACACACUACAGACCCCCACUCCCCAAGGAGAGGACCAGACACUGAACACACUACAGACACACACUCCCCAAGGAGGGGACCAGACACUGAACACACUACAGACACACACUCCCCAAGGAGGGGACCAGACACUGAACACACUACAGACACACACUCCCCAAGGAGGGGACCAGACACUGAACACACUACAGACACACACUCCCCAAGGAGGGGACCAGACACUGAACACACUACAGACACACACUCCCCAAGGAGGGGACCAGACACUGAACACACUACAGACCCCCACUCCCCAAGGAGAGGACCAGACACUGAACACACUACAGACCCCCACUCCCCAAGGAGGGGACCAGACACUGAACACACUACAGACACACACUCCCCAAGGACAGGACCAGACACUGAACACACUACAGACCCCCACUCCCCAAGGAGGGGACCAGACACUGAACACACUACAGACCCCCACUCCCCAAGGAGAGGACCAGACACUGAACACACUACAGACCCACACUCCCCAAGGAGAGGACCAGACACUGAACACACUACAGACCCCCACUCCCCAAGGAGGGGACCAGACACUGAACACACUACAGACACACACUCCCACUGAGCACCAACCACAAACACACUACACACCAGCGGAGGGCGUAGACACACCUUCCACUGAAUCAGAGGACAAGGAGGAAGAGGAGGAGGAAGAGGAGCAGGAGAACCAGCAGGGUUCUGGUAUGGUGGAGGGGAAACUCUCAGCUCCUGAGCCCCAACAGAAAGACGAGACAGGCCCCAUUCCGCCAGAGGAACCUGUGUUAAAACCCAGUUCCAUGGAGAAGCCAUCCACUGAAACCAACCGCAGAGACCCAGAACUACAGGGGACCCCAAAAGUGAUGUUUCAAGACCCUCCACCUCCUUCGCCCCAGCUACACCAGUCCCCAGCCCAGCUAACCCAGUCCCCAGCCCAGCUAACCCAGUCCCCAGCCCAGCUAACCCAGUCCCCAGCCCAGCUAACCCAGUCCCCAGCCCAGCUAACCCAGUCCCCAGCCCAGCUAACCCAGUCCCCAGCCCAGCUAACCCAGUCCCCAGCCCAGCUAACCCAGUCCCCAGCCCAGCUAACCCAGUCCCCAGCCCAGCUAACCCAGUCCCCAGCCCAGCUAACCCAGUCCCCAGCCCAGCUAACCCAGUCCCCAGCCCAGCUAACCCAGUCCCCAGCCCAGCUAACCCAGUCCCCAGCCCAGCUAACCCAGUCCCCAGCCCAGCUAACCCAGUCCCCAGCCCAGCUAACCCAGUCCCCAGCCCAGCUAACCCAGUCCCCAGCCCAGCUAACCCAGUCCCCAGCCCAGCUAACCAGGUCAUACUCCCAGUCUUCAGUCUUUCCUAGGUCCCAGAUACUGACAGAGGCCCACAACAUCAAUGCCGCUGUACUCAGCUCUGGGGUGCUCUGUCUGCCUGGAACAAGAGAUAAAGGCGGUCGAGCCCUGGUGACCGUGACCACCAGGAACACCAUCUGGUUGGAUCCCAACUGUAACUCUGGAGAACUGGUCCGAAUCCUGGCCUACUACUGCACCGUACUCAGGAAGGAGGUGCGUUCCCUAGGGUUGACAGUCCUGGUGGACUGCCGGAGGUGCUCCCCUGUCCCCGCUCUGUUCAAAGCCUUCAACAUACUACAGGAAGCUAUGCCCGGCUGUAUCUACACUGUGCUGUUACUGGCUGACAGAGACCCGGCCUUACGCAUGGAGAAACCCUCAGCCAUACAGGUGGAGCUGUUGACCUCUCUGAAGUCUCUCCAUAAGCAUGUGGAGGUGUCUCAGCUGCCUACUGAGUUUGACGGAUCCUUCCCCUUUUCUCAAACCGCCUGGGUCUGCUUCAGAACGAGAGUGGAGCAGCUAACCGGUCACUGUGAGGAUGCUGUCAACCUUCUCCAGAGUACCAUCACUGGUCUGGAGUCUACUGCCCUGCCAACUACCGCUGAGGAGGCCCAGGUGUUACUCGCCAGGUACAGGGGUGUGAUGGGUAGCGUCCUGGAGGACAGCCGAUUGGCUAGACUACAGCUGGAGGGCGGAGCCAACCUGUCCCGCCUCCGCAAAGAGGAAACCAGUGUCAGCCUCACCGACGACUACAGGUAA